AAAAUCUGCCUUUCAUUUCUAAUCGACAGGGUCACAGAGAAAUCCGAGUCAGCUUGUCUUCAGCUUAAAAGACCCACUGAUUUAGCCAGUGGGUGAAGCUUUCACGCUGACAGCAACGAACAUGUCGUUCCCCCCGCACGAUAUCUCGGCGCCGUUCAACUUUCCGAAGGAGGAGGAGAAGGUCAUCCAGUACUGGCGCGAGAUCGAUGCCUUCCAGACGAGCUUGAAGUUGUCUGAGGGCAAGCCUGAAUACUCGUUCUAUGACGGCCCUCCGUUCGCUACCGGUCUGCCGCAUUACGGUCACUUGCUCGCUGGAACCAUCAAGGACAUCGUCACCCGCCAUUCGCACGUAACCGGCCACCACGUCGUGCGCCGCUUCGGCUGGGACACGCACGGCCUGCCCGUCGAGCACGAGAUCGACAAGAAGCUCGGCAUCCGCGGGCGCGAGGACGUGCUCGCGAUGGGCAUCGACAAGUACAACGCCGAGUGCCGCGCGAUCGUCAUGCGCUACUCCGCCGAGUGGCGGCGCACCGUCGAGCGCAUGGGCCGCUGGAUCGACUUCGACAACGACUACAAGACGCUGAACACAAGCUUUAUGGAGAGCGUGUGGUGGGCGUUCUCAGAGCUCCAUAAGAAGGGGAUGGUGUACAGGGGCUUGAAGGUCAUGCCCUACUCGACUGGGUGCUUUACACCGCUGUCGAAUUUUGAAGCGGGCUUGAAUUACAAGGAAGUACAGGACCCUGCAGUGACGGUUGCUUUCCCACUUGUUGACGAUCGGAGCACGUCUCUCCUUGCAUGGACGACGACACCCUGGACGCUUCCCUCCAACCUUGCUCUCUGUGUACAUCCCGACUUCACCUACAUCAAGAUACACGACCAGGAGCGCGACCAAAACUUCAUCAUCCACGAAAAUCUUCUCAAGACGCUGUACAAAGACCCCAAAAAGGCCAAGUUGAAGAAGGUCGGCCAGUUCAAGGGAUCGGAUAUGAAGGGAUGGCGAUAUGUCCCGCUCUUUGAAUACUUUACAGAACAGUUUGAAGAUAGGGCGUUCAGGGUCGUUGUCGAUACAUAUGUUACAGAUGCAGAUGGUACAGGUAUCGUUCACCAGGCGCCGGCGUUCGGUGAGGACGAUCACCGCGUAGCACUGGCGCACGGUGUCAUCCGGCCGGACGAGCAGCCUCCCUGCCCCAUCGACGAUUCAGGCAGGUUCACGAAGGAGGUACCUGAUUUCCAGGGACAAUACGUGAAGGACGCCGACAAGGACAUCCAAAAAGUGUUGAAGGCAAAGGGCCGACUGAUCGUACAGUCCGUCCUCAACCAUCAGUACCCCUUCUGCUGGAGGUCCGGCACGCCCCUGCUGUACCGUGCGAUCCCGACGUGGUUCGUCAGGGUCUCUCCCAUCGUCGAUGAACUGGUAGCGAAUAACAAGGAGACGCGGUGGGUCCCGCAGAAUGUAGGCGAAGGCCGCUUCGGAAACUGGAUCGCGAAUGCGCGGGAUUGGAACAUCUCGCGGAAUCGGUACUGGGGUACGCCCAUCCCGCUGUGGGCCAGUGAGGAUAUGGAGGAGAUCGUGUGCGUUGGUUCCGUGGAAGAGCUGGAGAAGUUGUCCGGCGUGAAGGGGAUCACGGAUUUGCACCGGGACAAGAUCGAUCACAUCACUAUCCCCUCGAAGCAAGGCAAGGGGCAGUUGAAGAGGAUCGAAGAGGUGUUUGACUGUUGGUUCGAGUCGGGAAGUAUGCCGUAUGCUCAGUUGCACUACCCCUUCGAGAACAAGGAGCUCUUCGAGCAGAGGUUCCCUGCUGACUUCGUCUCCGAGGGUAUCGACCAGACGAGAGGGUGGUUCUAUACACUUUUGGUUCUGUCGACGCAUUUGUUUGGAAGGGCGCCCUGGAAGAAUUUGAUUGUCACCGGUCUUGUGCUUGCUGCAGAUGGGAAGAAGAUGAGUAAGAGCCUGAAGAACUAUCCUGACCCUCAUGUCGUUAUUGAUACUUACGGUGCCGACGCUACACGGAUGUUUUUGGUUAACUCUCCCAUUGUCCGCGGCGACAACCUGCGCUUCCGGGAAGAGGGUGUGCGAGAAGUCAUCUCUAGAGUCCUCUUGCCUUGGUUAAACUCCUUCCGCUUCUUCCUUGGCCACGCUGCUCUUUACCGUAAGACCUACGGCCAGGAGUUCAAAUACGACCCGCACGCGCCAGUGUCUAACAAUGUCAUGGAUCGCUGGAUCCUGGCCCGGUGUCAAUCUCUGAUCAGACUGGUUAGGGAGGAGAUGGCCGCAUACCGGUUAUAUACUAUCAUCCCGCGAUUACUGGAUCUGGUGGAUGAGUUGACUAACUGGUAUAUUCGAUUCAACCGGAGGCGGCUAAAAGGAGAAGACGGCAAGGAGGACACGAUGAAGGCGCUGAACACGCUCUUCGAGACUCUCUUUACCUUGUGCUGUACAAUGUCGUCGUACACGCCAUUCCUGACAGAGAAUAUCUAUCAGUCUCUGCGACCCUUCAUGCCGGAAGUUCCGGGACAAGAUGCACGGUCCAUCCAUUUCUUGCCCUUCCCAGAGGUCAAGGAAGAGUACUUUGACGCCGAUAUCGAACGUCAGGUUAAGCGCAUGCAGACUGUGAUCGAGUUGACACGGAAUAUCCGGGAGCGAAAUAAUCUGUCCUUGAAGACGCCGUUAAAAGAGCUGCUUAUCUUCCACGCAGACGAGGAAUACUUAAAUGACAUCAAGCCAUUACAGCGAUACAUCCAGUCUGAACUGAAUGUGCGCGACGUGGUGUUUACCACGAACGAGACGGAAUCUGGAGUGCGAUACCGUGCUGUCGCCGACUGGAGCGUCCUGGGGAAGAAACUGCGGAAAGACUUGGGCAAGGUCAAGAAUGCUCUGCCGAACGUCCCCAGCGACCAGAUCAAGUCGUACACUCAGACGGGCAAGCUGUCAGUCGCAGGCAUCCAGCUUGUCGAAGGCGAUCUACAAGUUCAACGGUACAUUGAGUUACCUACCGGGACGGAGGAGACGUAUGCAACUCAGACCGAUAACGAUGUCGUUGUCCGAUUGGACAUCAAGGUCCAUCCCGAGUUGAAGGGAGAGUGGCUAGCUCGCGAAAUCAUUAACCGCGUGCAGAAACUACGGAAGAAGGCGGGUCUGCAGGCUACCGACGAUGUGGACGUUUUCUACCGCUUCGACGAAGGAUCGGGUGCUGAGCUACUGGAGGCUUUCCAGAGUCACGGGGAAGCCAUUCAGAAGACGGUGAGGAGCGUUCCGCAGGAUAUCAAGAGACGGAAAGCGGACGCGAAGACGGUCAUCGAGGAGGAGCAAGAGGUGGCGGACGUGACGUUCUUGCUUUCGUUAGUGUGGCCAUAGGGACGUACUGGAUAGAAGAAAAGAAAAGGUGUUGUAAUACAUACAUAUAGUGUUGUGCAUCAAUCUUGAAGACCAGGGCUCUUGCUCAUUUCUUCGUGGUUCCGAACCCGCCAAAUCCCAUCAUCUUCAUCAUGUCAUCGUCUACUGUGGCUUCCUGGGCGAGUUCGACACGGGCUUUCUCUUUUUCUGCUUUCUUCUGUGCCUUCUUCUCCGCCCGUAUUGCCGCUUCCUUUUCGCGCACUUGGGCCAACCGUUGCUCGAAGUCAAAUGUCUUUGCAUUUGACGCCUCUUUCGUCUUCUCUCGCAAGUAUGCUAUUCGAGCCCGCACUUGCUCGACGGUCGAGCGCGAUAUACGUGUUGUCUGCCCCAGUGCUCUCAGGUGUGCUCUGCCGUUAAUGUGAUCCAAGUAUGCUGAGCUGUCCUUAUAAGUGCGGUUACAAGCUUCGCAGUAGAAACCAGGAACACCGGGACCCCUUCCGCUAGCAUUCUGCACGACCAUCGUCUUCCCGAGAUUCUUGUCCAGCUCCAGAGGUGCUUCUCUCUGCUUCAUCAGCUCAGUUGGCUUCGGGAGAUCCUUCUUAACUCCUUUCCGCGGACGCUUUCCGGACUUCGCUCGUUCCUCAUUCUCCUGCAUCCGCUCUUUCUCUUCUUGAUCCCGUUUCUUAGCCUUCUCUGCAUACUCUUCCUUGUCCCACUUCCUUCGAAAGUCUGCGGUCGCAGCGGCCUUCGCGCCAUA